GAGCCAAGAAGCUCGGCGAGUCGCUGGGGGAAGCUGGGCAGAGACCGGGAGGAACCGGAGCUCAGGGCGCGGAUCCCUCAAGUCGGUGCCUGGCAGACCGGAGUCCGAACGUUGGAGCAGGGGCCUGGAGGGCAGGAGCGUGUGACAGGGGUCUCUGUUGCCGGUGGAGGUGACCAUGGCCUCCAUGUUGCUCACCCGGCGGCUGGCCUGCAGCUUCCAGCACAACUACCGCCUGCUCGUGCCCGGAUCCAGACACAUCAGUCAGGCCGCAGCCAAAGUCGACAUUGAAUUUGAUUAUGAUGGGCCUUUGAUGAAGACGGAAGUCCCAGGGCCUAGAUCUCUGGAGUUAAUGAAACAGCUGAAUGUAAUUCAGAAUGCAGAAGCUGUGCACUUUUUCUGCAAUUACGAAGAGAGCCGAGGCAAUUACCUGGUGGACGUGGAUGGCAACCGGAUGUUGGAUCUUUAUUCCCAGAUCUCCUCUGUCCCCAUAGGUUACAACCAUCCUGCUCUCAUGAAACUCAUCCAGCAGCCUCAAAAUGUGAGCACAUUCAUCAACAGACCUGCCCUCGGAAUCCUUCCUCCUGAGAACUUUGUGGAGAAGCUCCGGGAGUCCCUGCUCUCAGUGGCUCCUAAAGGGAUGUCCCAGCUCAUCACGAUGGCCUGCGGCUCCUGCUCCAACGAAAACGCCUUCAAGACCAUCUUCAUGUGGUACCGGAGCAAGGAAAGGGGCCAAUCGGGUUUCUCCAAAGAGGAGCUGGAGACGUGCAUGAUCAACCAGGCCCCCGGGUGCCCCGACUACAGCAUCCUCUCCUUCAUGGGUGCCUUCCAUGGGAGGACCAUGGGUUGCUUAGCGACCACGCACUCCAAAGCUAUUCACAAGAUCGACAUCCCUUCCUUCGACUGGCCCAUUGCACCAUUCCCACGGCUGAAGUAUCCUCUGGAAGAGUUUGUGAAAGAGAACCAACAAGAAGAGGCCCGUUGUCUAGAAGAGGUGGAGGACCUGAUCGUGAAAUACCGGAAGAAGAAGAAGACGGUGGCCGGGAUCAUAGUGGAGCCCAUCCAGUCUGAGGGUGGAGACAACCACGCGUCGGAUGACUUCUUCCGGAAGCUGAGGGACAUCUCCAGGAAGCAUGGCUGUGCCUUCUUGGUGGAUGAGGUCCAGACUGGAGGAGGCUGCACCGGCAAGUUCUGGGCCCACGAGCACUGGGGCUUGGAUGACCCAGCGGACGUGAUGACCUUCAGCAAGAAGAUGAUGACCGGGGGCUUCUUCCACAAGGAGGAGUUGAGGCCCAACGCUCCUUACCGGAUCUUCAACACGUGGCUGGGGGACCCGUCCAAGAACCUGCUGCUGGCCGAGGUGAUCAACAUCAUCAAGCGGGAGGACCUGCUGAAUAACGCGGCCCAUGCUGGGAAGGUCCUGCUCACGGGACUGCUGGGCCUCCAGGCCCGGUACCCCCAGCUCAUCAGCAGAGUGAGAGGACGAGGCACGUUCUGCUCCUUCGACACACCAGAUGAAUCCAUACGGAAUAAGCUCAUUUCAAUAGCCAGAAACAAAGGCCUGAUGCUGGGGGGCUGCGGCGACAAAUCCAUCCGCUUCCGUCCCACUCUGGUCUUCAGGGACCACCACGCACACCUGUUCCUCAAUAUUUUCAGCGACAUCUUAGCCGACUUCAAGUAAAGAAGCCAUUUCCUCCACGCUCUGAGGAAGCCCUGAUCUCACCCCUUGUCAAAUUGAUUAGUUUGCCUAAUUCAUGUUUUCACUUAAAGUAUCAGAGGUGAAUGCAUAAAC